GGAACGUGAAAAAACUACUCGUAUGUGUUACAACGGUGUGUACACAUUAUUCCUCCUUAUUUUUCUUUCAUGGAUGUAUAGCCAAAAGUGAAAAUAUUUUGGGCACACAUAUUAACUACAUAAUUUAUAGAUAUUCAGACAUUCGCUUAUUUACAAAUUUCCAACAAAAAUAUAAAAUUUUUUUAAAAACAGUAAUUAUUUGUGCAAUGGAGGAUUUUUGCCAUAAACUAAAUAUGAAUAUACAUAUAUGUAUAUUAGUUGUAUGUUCAACGUACAUGUAAACUACAUACAUGUAAUUCAGUGUAGAUGUAAACAUAUACAAAAGGAGUGCGAACAUUAUAUUUACAUAUAAAAGAAAACUCCAAAGUAAAUGAAAGAUGGCGUUUUUAUUGCUUACAUUUUCAUUUGCCGCAAUUGCUUUCGAUUUUACGUGCGGAGUUAAAGAUGUUCCUUCUCAAAGAGUGGAAGCUUUAAGUGGAGAAACUAUAUAUCUUCCAUGUAACGUCAGUACAUAUGAUGGCGACGAAGUGGUUUUGAUUUUAUGGUAUCGUGAAGAUAAAGGCACACCCAUAUAUAGUGUGGAUAUACGAGAAGGUUAUACGAAAGCUAUUAAGCGAUGGUCCGAUGAAAGUGUUUUUGGAGAGAGAGCGUACUUCAUAUUUGACAAAGAACCCGGAACACUAUCCAUUCAAAGCACGAAGUUUGCUGACUCUGGAACAUACAGAUGUAGAGUGGAUUUUUUAAGAGCUCAAACCCGCAAUAGCAAAAUUACUCUCUCAGUUAUAGCUCCACCAGAAAUAGUUAUAAUAAGAGAUGAUUCUGAUGUAGAGCGAUCGACUGUUGUUGGUCCCUAUAGCGAGGGAGACAUUAUUACAUUGAAGUGUGAAGCAAUUGGUGGAAAACCUUCUCCUAAAAUAAGCUGGUAUAGAGAUGAAGUUCUUAUUGACUCGCAGAUGAAUUAUGUUCCAGGUCAAAGAUAUGUACAGAGCGAAAUAACAAUAGGACCUCUUAGUAGAGCAGAUCUAAAUUCCAGAAUAACAUGUAAGGCUAACAAUCACCCUCGGGCAACACCUGUGGAGUCCGUAGUACAAAUUGAUAUGAACUUUUCACCAUUAGAUAUCAGAUUGCUAGGAGCACACCAACCCCUUUCUGCUGGACGUCGUUAUGAUCUUCUGUGCCAGAGCUCGGGUUCUCGUCCGCCAGCAGUUAUAACAUGGUGGUUAGAUGGUGUGCGAUUGGAGAAAACAACUGAAACGACUUCAAGUGAUGGAAACCAAACAACAAGUACUCUGUCUAUAUCGUUUAGCAAAACAGAUGCUGGUAAAUUACUAACAUGUAAAGCCUAUAACCACGCAGUUCCCACGGAACCAUUAGAAGAUGGUUGGAAGCUUGAUAUACAGUAUUCACUAGAUGGCCGGAAGCAUACCCAAUUAAAGACAUUACAGCCCAAACAAUAG